AUGGAUGUACAGUCGGAGAGUAGCGAACCCUCGCCAUGCGAUCCCCAGCCUCCUGGAAAAAUCAGAAAAGCCUUCAAGCUGUUUGGGAAGCGCAAGCCAGGCAGCAUCUUCUCCAUACGUGGCAAAGGCGAGGGGAACAACAAGUCACCUAUCGCCAGGAGCAAGACAGUGGACGGAUUAAAGGAGUCUGUGGCAGCAGAGUCGGAGCUGGAGAAGGACAAGGAGCCGGAGAAGGAGCAAGAACCAGAGGUGAGUCAGAGAGAGGAGCAGGAACCAGAGGAGGAGCCCCUGGGUGAUGAUGGAAAUCCCCCCAUCCCUUCUGCCGAGCUUCCCUCCAUCACCUCCGCCAAAUCAUUCAGCUUCCUGAUGAAGCUGCAGCGCAGCCGACAAGGAGGAGUAGACCGGAGGUUCCGUACAGAGUCUCAGCCAACAAUACGUCAGCGUCGGGGCUUGAAAGGUCUCUUCGGCAGUAUGGGAUGGAAUCAGCGAGAGGAGGCCAGCGACGAGGCCGAUACCCCUCCGAGCCCUCUCCUCAUGUCGUCCUGUACAAACAGCAUGGAGAUCAUCAAGGAGGACAUGACUUUGACACCCAGACCUGCGCCUCACAGCCUGGAUGUCCCAGAACCUGAGUCUGGACAAGGGUCCCCUGUUUCUUCCAAGAGCCCCACAGUGCAGGAGAGCUCAGCCUCUAUCCCACCAGAGACAACGGCUCUCUCAGCGGCUACAUACAGUGUCACUGGAUCUAAUGAGGAUGUAGCGUCGCCUCUGCCCACCAUUGAACCACCACCGUUGGAUCCUGCUGUGGAUCGUCUGAGGUCGCUGCUUGCAGACAUCUCCUCUCUGAUAAGCUUCGACUCGCUGUCCGGAUGUGGAGACAUCACUGCUGAAGUGGAGGCAGAUGGUAACCUCAUCCCCACCUCCUGCUCCAAUGGUAACCUCAUCCCCACCUCCAGCACCUGUAGUAACAUCAUCCCCACCUCCUGCUCCAGUGGUAACCUCAUCCCCACUUCCACCCCCUGUAGUAACCUCAUCCCCACCUCCUGCUCCAGUGGUAACCUCAUCACCACCUCCUGCUCCAGUAGUAACCUCAUUCCCACCUGCUCCAGUAGUAACCUCAUUCCCACCUGCUCCAGUAGUAACCUCAUCCCCACCUGCUCCAGUAGUAACCUCAUCCAAGCCAUCUCCUCUGACUCAAAGGCUCCCCCUGCCCCUACUCCAACACCAAUCCCUAUGUCUAAGACUCCUCUUUUCCCUACCCCUGCCCCUACCACAACUCCAGUCCCUAUGUCAAAGACAACCCCUGUCUCUGCCCCUGCCCCAGUCCCUUCCUCUAUGCCCUCUCCUGUUCUCACCCCUCUCCCUCUGCAGGAUACACCCCUUGCCUCUGCUCAGGUGAAGGGUUGUGAGCGCAAGGCCUCUCUGAAUAGAGGAGAGGACAUGACGAGUCCAAACGGCAUGGAUGUGCGGGGUGCCUGGAAAAAUUCACCCAAGAGAGAAGAGAAACGUCAUGUUACACAGAAUGAAAUACACAUGGUCCCCCAGGGCCCCCCCACAGAGAAGAAGACGCGCCCAGUGAGGGCAGCAGGGCUCAGUAAGAUCCCUGUCUGUGGUGGAGGCAGGACGGGCAAGUUGCCACUCCAUGAGAGUCAGCCCACUGACCACAAGGGGUGCUGGGACCCACCUAUUACAGGGCUGGAAGAGGGGAGUCAACGCCCCAGCUUACGGCUCGAAGUCAGCAAGGACACAAUUAGUAACUCCUCUGCUGAAGCUGAAGUUGAGGCCAGCCUGUCCCCUGUAAAACAUAGCCCGGAGGAGAGUCGCCAGCUCCGGCAACCCACAGUCUACAGGGGUAUACCACGUGACUCCAAGAUACCUGUCAAGCUGGGAGUCCAGUGCAAUAUCCCUGUCUCCCAAGGAGCUAAGGAGCUCCCGCGCUCCAAGAUACCUUUGUCCAAGGUUCCUGUCCGCAGGAUCGGCAAUAAGCUCACAGCCACCACAGCUGCCAGCACUCAAAUCAGAAAAUAA